AUGGCUGCUGAAUUCUUACUUUACGACAAGAUUUGGUUUGAUAAACCAAAGUACGAUGAUGCAGAGAAGCAGUACUACGAAGAGAUGAAUAACACCGUUCCUGUGUCCCCGUGCAAAAAGGUUAAGGCGUCUCCGUGCAUGAAGGCUCCUGUAUCCCCGUGCAAAGAGAGCGCGGCUACUCCUGCUGGGCCAGGAGGAGAGCCCAGUGAGCUUGUCACCAGAGUUGCCAAUUUGGAGCUGGAGAACCAGUCGCUACGCAAGGUUGUGGAAGAUCUUCAGUUGGCAUUCUCUAAGCUGGAGGUUCGUCUAACCAUGCUUGAGAAGUCCCCCACCUCGCAUCCAUCCCCUGCUGCACCACCGGCUGCUGCACCCAUCACCAAUGGCCAGCCUAUUGCCCCAGCAAAAAAGGUUGAGGUCACUGCUGCUCCUGAAGAAGACGAUGACGACAUUGACCUUUUUGGCAGUGACGAAGAAGACGAAGAGGCUGAGCGGAUACGAGAAGAGAGACUGAAGCAGUAUGCUGAAAAGAAAUCCAAGAAACCAGCAAUUAUUGCAAAGUCCUCCAUCCUGCUUGAUGUAAAACCAUGGGAUGAUGAGACCGACAUGGCAAAGUUGGAAGAGUGUGUGAGGACGGUUCAGAUGGAUGGCCUACUCUGGGGCUCCUCUAAAUUGGUUCCAGUGGGCUAUGGCAUUAAAAAGCUCCAGAUCCAGUGCGUGGUAGAGGACGACAAGGUUGGGACAGACAUUCUUGAGGAGGAGAUCACCAAGUUUGAAGAUUAUGUGCAGAGUGUGGACAUUGCGGCUUUCAAUAAGAUCUAG